AUGGAUAUGGACACGCAGCCACAAGGACAGCAAGCAGCUGUGCCAGUGUUUCAACCCCAGAAACCGUUGCAGCCAGAUAUGGGCAGAAAUUCACUGGCUAACUUCCAGAUUGAGAAGAAGAUUGGACGCGGCCAGUUCAGCGAGGUGUACCAAGCGAGGUAUCUGCUGGACAACACGUUCGUGGCCCUGAAGAUAAUUCAGAUAUUCGACUUGAUGGAUGCCAAAGCUUGGCAAGAUUGCAUCAAAGAGAUAGAUCUCCUUAAGCAAUUGAACCAUCCCAAUGUGAUAAAAUACCACGCGUCUUUUAUUGAGGACAAUGAGCUGACCAUAGUACUGGAGCUAGCAGAUGCUGGAGACCUCUCUCGUAUGAUCAAG